AUGGUCGCACCUAUCAUUGUCCUUCUCGGCCUUCUGCUUCUGCUGGGGCAAGGCUGGUCCUAUGACUCUGGUUACUACACGCCGGAAGCUACAACGGCUUGGUGGACACCGACACCGACGUCCUACGUGUCAUAUUGGACCCCGUCAACGACAUACACGACUUGCUACACCCAGCAGAAUGUGGUGGUGACCAUCACCUCGAUCCUGCCUUGUCCAGCCACCUCGACGACCGUCUACUACGAAUGCUGUGAUCAAUGCGAGAAUAAUUGCUCCAAUCCGCCGACGUACAUUGGGACUACGACGGUCACAUCAUAUACCACGACGACGCCGCUGCCCCAGCAAACCAUCACUAGCAAUGGCCUAGUCAUUGUCCUGGUGGACUCGACAGCCUAUUCUAGCCCAACUUUGACGCCCAGCGUAGUUUAUCAAUUCAGCAGCGAUGCACAGGACGCGAGCUCCAACUUUUGGUCUGCUGGGAUGUUUUUGGCGCUCAUUGCAACGAUUAUGAUUCUUCUCUAG